ACCAAUGCGCUCAGACGUGCCCUAUUAAUUUAUACAAGCAAGUACACCAAUCACUCCGGAGCACAAAGCUAAAGUGACUUAAAUUCGUCAAUUAUCGGCUUCCAUAUUCAAAUUUAGGAUUUCAUAAAAAAAAAACAAUUAAUUUUUAAUUCUAAAUCGAUAUUAUUCGAUCAAUCAUACAAACGAAUUCAGAUAUAGUAAAUUUGUUUAUCGAUUAUCGAUUUUGGAUUUGUGCUCCUAUUAAUGAGUAGAGCGGAGCGUCAGGGGCGCAAAACAUUUCCGUAUCGUGUAAGUUACGUAACUGUUCCGGGGAAAAUCGAUAUCCUGAGCGCGUAUAAAUAGCGACCUACGGUUGAGAACAGCUGGCAAUCGGCCAGAAGAGAUGCAGCCUACGAGGAUGCGGCGUCCUCGUCGUCACAGGUGGCUGACGAUAUCUGUUUUCUUCAUCGCUUACUCCGUGAUCCAAGCCGUGUUCAGCGCGACCACGGUGUCGGAGCCGUCCGCUCCAAGUAAAGCAGACACCACACCGGACGAGUCCGUUGUAAAGACCACGCCUCCCGUUGAAUACACCAGUAAGGCCGGACAGAAGAAAGAAGACAGUACUGACAGUCAGGGAAAUUCCGAAGAAGUGGGUGAGACGGCUACAGAAGGAGGUAAAAAGAGUCUCAAAGGACUGAUUGACGAUGAAGAAGAUGAUAAGAAGACUAUCAAGGACGCUGGAUACGAGGAUAGCAAGGAGACGCAGGAUCUGCGCGAGAAAGAACGAGCAGCUUGGGUCAUUCCCACCGUUCAUCCGUUUAGGGAAAACUGCACCCCACCCGCUAUCGAACAGUUCCCAAAGCCCCUGAUGGGUCAAAAAGCUCGAAAGCACGGCGGCCUGAUCCUGCACAUACUGGUCGCCAUGUUCACGUUCAUAGGACUCGCUAUCGUGUGCGACGAGUACUUCGUGUCAAGCUUGGACAGGAUCUGUGAAGAACUGAGGUUGGCGCCCGAUGUUGCUGGAGCGACGUUCAUGGCGGCGGGUAGUUCCGCUCCUGAGCUGGCGACCGUCGUCAUCGGCGUCUUCUGCGCUCAGGAUGACAUAGGCGUCUCGGGUGUGAUCGGUUCGGCGGUAUUCAACAUUAUGUUCGUGAUAUCCGUGUGUGCCCUCUGCGCCGGCACCGUGUCGCAUCUCAACUGGUGGCCCCUCUGCAGAGACUGCUUCUUCUACGCCCUAUCUAUACUGGUGAUGCUGUGUACCAUCGCUAAUGAAUACGUUAGCUGGCCUGAAGCUCUGUUCAUGUUGAUAAUGUACGGAGUGUACUGCGUGGCGCUUCGGUUCAACACGGCGCUGGAGCAAUGGGCGAUGACUCUCCCUCUGCCCUUCAAACUGCCGACCAGGGAGGAGCAGGCGGCCCUUGUAACCUACAGCCGGAAUGCCGCGGCGGGCCCGACUCCGGCCGCGGAGGGCCAGUACUCGCAAGUCGACGGACGCACCAACGACACUCCGGUUCAAGAAACAUCGUACAAUCCCACCGGAGCUUACGACAACGCGGCGUACAAUGCAGACCCCACCCCAGUGUGGGACCCGAACCGAGCCUGGGACAAUAACAGUCAGAGCUACGACCCUCCGUCAGCGCGACUUGAACAGCCUCAGACCGCGAGCCCCCAACAGUCGCAACCGCAGCAAACGCAGCAACAGGCCCCGCCGCCACAAGCACCGGCGGCUCCCGCUUACUACAAGGCAAAGGAGUACAAUCCCGAGACAGCCGUGGAUCCUCUGGUCAAGCCGAUCGGAGCCAAUAAAUUCCAAUUGGCUUGCUGGUACAUUGCGUUCCCGGUUCACUGGUCGUGUCGGCACACGAUGCCUGACUGCCGGGGACCCUGGUACCCGGUCACCUUCAUCAUAUCGAUGCUCUGGAUCUCGUUCUACUCCUACUUCAUGGUCUGGAUGAUAACGAUUAUCGGCUAUACACUCGGGAUCCCGGACACGGUCAUGGGUCUCACGUUUGUGGCGGCUGGAGUCUCUGUACCCGACGCGCUCUCCUCGCUCGCCGUCAUCAAAGAAGGUUACGGAGACAUGGCGGUGUCGAAUGCCGUCGGCUCGAACGUCUUCGACAUCCUGGUUUGCCUGGGACUGCCGUGGUUCCUGCAGACCGCCGUCAUCCACCCCGGGAGCCAUGUGAACGUUUACAGCAAAGGUCUGAUCUAUUCCACGUUAUCGCUGUUUUCGACCGUCGUGUUUCUGGUGGUGGCUACCCACGCCAACGGCUGGAAGCUGGACCGGAAGUACGGCGCAGUGCUGAUGGUCUGGUACGUUCUCUUCAUAACACUGGCGAGCCUAUACGAGCUGAACAUCUUCGGGGAAUACAACAAGCCGGAUUGUAUUUCGAAAUAUUAAUUAACAAACGUUACGUAUAUUGUGAGUCGUUAAAUUUAUGUGCUUCGUUGAUUAGACACUAAUGAAAAUUUAGAUUCGAGAAAAAAAUGAGAAUUUUAAUUUUCUUUUUUUUUUAAAGACGCGUUCGGAAAUAAUUAAAUUCAAAAUAGAAAUUUAAUAUAUUUCUAAACUAAUUUCUAAACACGAUCGCAGCACAAACUGUCAUGAUGACGUUUAAAAACUACAACUGUCAUAAGCCGAGUGACGUAAGCUUUGUACUUUAAGUAUUAUGGUAGUAACGGCUUAGCGAUAUUCAAUCCGAGUUCACUCCGAUCAAUCGAUUUGCCGGUAUAUUUCUACUUAUUUAUGCAUUAUUAGCCCGUACAGUAUAAUUAUUUUGUUUUUAUAUCGUUGGUUGAGGUCGAAUUAAUUAAUAGAUGACCUACAUGCACUAUAGAAAAAAAAGAAGAAAAUAAUAAUUUUGAAAUACACAC